UUUUUUUUUUUUAAAUCACACAUACACAAGCCUUCCAAUAAGUCUAGGCCUCAGAGUUUGAUGACUCACUAUCACCUCCAGAAAAAUUAAAAAAUUUAACCAUCACUACUUAAAACUCUGGCAAAGCCACACAAACACAUUUAGUAAACUGAGGAAAGAACGGCGAGUGGGCCACCCAAGGCUCUCCCUGCGAGGAUAAGGCUGUUAAUUUGUCGACAAAACGGGAUUCUUUUACAAGUAAAAGGCAGAAAUCUGCGUAACCACCACCACCACCUUUUUUUUUUUUUUUUUUUUUUUUUUUUUUUUUUUUGCCAAACUUAAUGAAAAAAGAGGGUGGGGAGCUGUGUCCCUUCACUUUCCAGGUUCGGAUCCUGUCCACCCAGUUUCUGAAUGCUUUCAACAGUUACCCAACCGCCUGUUUCAAGGGCUUCCCUGUUGCUUAGAAUGCCACCUGGACACUUCUGGAAGGAAACUAUCAAAGAUAGUCUUCCCCUCCUCCCAGGCUGUGUAUAGAUCCCCACUCAAUCCAGCCCAGGGCAGAGUCCAAACGGGAGGGAGAGAUGCAAGCAGGGUCAAAGGGACCCCAAGAGUCCAGCACAUCUGGGAAAGAGAAAAGGAAAAGCUGCUGUGGCUUCCUGUAGCUGGGGAGCACGCCAGCGCGCCCCCUUUCCUUCGGGAGGACCCCCGGCCCCCGUUCGCCCCCGAGCUCCCUCCCCGCCUCCCCGAGCCCGGUGAAAGGAAAAACGUGCGGGGACCCCCCACCCCACCAGCAGCUGCAAACGCCGAGGCGCUCCCCGCGAGUCUCAGAGCCGCCCCAACCUCAGGACUCCCGCCGCGGGCCCUGCAGGAAACCCCCCACAGCCUGCGGCUUGGAACCCCGGGCAGGCCGGAGGGUGCGGGCGGCGGGCCAGGCAGGGCGCCGAGGCCCGGGCUCCGGGAGCGGCCUGGCGGACAGGGAAGACCGGACCCGCAGGUUUUGUAUGAACUGAAUCCUGGGGCCUUGGGGGUGAACCUGGUGGUAGAGGAAGUGGAAACCGAAGUCAAGCGCGUGAUAAAGCAGGUGGAAUGCCUGGAUGAUCACGAUGCCAAUAAGGCCCUGCAGGAGCUGAUGCCACUGCUGAAACUGCGGCACGCCCACAUCUCUGUGUACCAGGAGCUGUUCGUCACGUGGAAUAGCGAGAUCUCCUCCCCGUUCCUCUGCCUGGUGAUGGAAUUCAACAAGGUCACCUUCCACGAAGUCAUUACGGAUAAGAGGGAGGCGAAGGAAAUCAUUGACGCCGAGUGGUUGCAGAAUGUGCUGGGCCAGGUGCUGGACGCGCUGGAAUACCUGCACCAUUUGGACAUCAUCCACAGGAACCUCAAACCUUCCAACAUCAUCCUGGUCAGCAGUGACCGUUGCAAAUUGCAGGACCUGAGCUCCAACACGCUAAUGACGAACAAAGCCAAGUGGAAUAUCCGUGCGGAGGAAGAUCCCUUUCAUAAGUCCUGGAUGGCCCCCGAAGCCCUCAACUUCUCCUUUAGCCAGAAAUCAGACAUUUGGUCCCUGGGCUGCAUCGUUCUGGACAUGACCAGCUGCUCCUUCAUGGAUGGCACAGAAGCCAUGCAUCUGCGGAAGUCCCUCCGCCAGAGCCCAGGCAGCCUGAAGGGCAUCCUGAAGACAAUGGAGGAGAAGCAAAUCCCGGAUGCAGAAACCUUCCAGAACGUUCUGCCCUUGAUGCUCCAGAUCAACCCCUCAGAUCGAAUAACGAUAAAGGACGUGGUGCACAUCACCUUCGUGAGCGGCUCCUUCAAGUCCUCCUGCAUCUCGCUAACCCUGCAACGACAGACGCUGCCUGUGUCCUUCACCGACAUGCUCUUAGCAGGCAACGUGGCCAGCAUUUUAGAGGUCAUGCAGAACUUCUCUAGCUGGCCCGAAGUCCAGCUCAGGGCCUUGAAGAGGUUUCUGAAAAUGCCUGCAGAUCAGCUAGGUCUACCGUGGCCCCCGGAGCUGGUGGAAGUGGUGCUCACAACCAUGGAGCUGCACGACAGGGUCCUCGACAUCCAGUUAUGCGCCUGCUCCCUGCUGCUGCACCUCCUGGGUCAAGCGCUGGUGCUUGACCCGGAAGCUAAGGUUCCCUGCAACCAAGCCAUCACCUCCACCUUGCUGCGAUGUCUUCGGAGCCACCCUGAGGAGGAGCAGCUUCUGGUCAUGGUCUACAGCCUGCUGGCCAUCACCACAACCCAGGAGUCGGUGUCAGAGGAGCUGCAGAACGCCGGGCUGCUAGACCACAUCCUGGAGCACCUGCACAGCUCCCUCCAAAGGAGGGACGUCUGCGUCAGCGGCCUGGGCCUGCUCUGGGCCCUCCUGCUGGACGCUGUUAUUGUGAACAAGGGUCCCUUGGAGGAGGUCCCGGACCUCAUCAGCCAGGUGUUGGCCACCUACCCUGCGGAUGCGGAAAUGGCGGAAGCCAGCUGCGCAGUCUUCUGGCUGCUGUCCCUGCUGGGCUGCAUCAAGGAGCAGCAGUUUGAACAAGUGGUGGCGCUGCUCCUGCAGAGUGUCCGGCUGUGCCAGGACAGAGUCCUGCUGGUGAACAGUGCCUACCAGGGACUGGCCAGCCUGGUGAAGGUGUCAGAGCUGGCAGCCUUCAAGGUGGUGGUGCAGGAGGAGGGUGGCAGCGGCCUCAGUCUUAUCAAGGAGACCUACCAGCUCCAUAGGGACGACCCGGAGGUGGUGGAGAACGUGGCCAUGCUGCUGGUCCACCUGGCUUCCUACGAGGAGAUCCUGCCAGAGCUAGUGUCCAGUGGCAUGAAGGCCCUGGUCCAGGAGAUCAAGGAGCGCUUCACGUCCAGCCAGGAGCUGGUUUCUUAUGCAAAAAAAGUGCACCUGAGGCUGGAGGCGGCCACCUCUCUCAGCCCCCUGGGCGGGGAAGCUGCUCAGCCCUGAUGCUGGAGAGAAGACAGACACCUCAGAGGCCCCUCCUCCAUGGGUGCCCACUCCCUGCCCUUCCUUCCCGUGGGCCACUGUUUCCCUUGGGUCGGGGGAAGUGUCGCCCGGGCCCAGCGUGCACACCUCACACUCCUCUCAGGAGACUAAUAAAGAGGCCCAAGGCCA